AUGGGGUCAGAUGGUGUUAUCAAGCUUUGGGACUUGGCAAGCAGCAGCUGUGUGGCAUCUAUGCAGGCGCACAGGCUGGCUGGCGCAUUCAUGACGUGGUCCUAUGAUGGGAUAUAUAUAGCUACGGCAUCAUCGGACCGCGAGAUCAAGAUAUGGGACCCAGAAAAGGAACAGUGCCUAUUGACUCUGCUGGGACACGAGGGUCCUGUAAAAGCUGUCUUUUGGUCACAAGAUUCAACACAACUUGUCUCAGUAUCUUGGUCCUUGGAUGAUGGUGGAUUUUCAAAGUUCUCACCAUUGGCCAUCAAAGUUUGGGAUCGAACUGCUGGUCAAUGUAUCCUGACACUUGAAGGUGAUGAUAGCCGGAUCCGCACUGCCUUCCCUUCAUACGAUGGAAAGAGCAUUGUUACUGUGACAUGCGAUGGUAUCAUUAAAACUUGGAAUGUUUUCUCCAGCCAAAGGAUGUCAAGCCGGGAUCCAUUUCCUCAAUUCGGCACUCUGAACCUCUGGUCCCAUGAUGGAAUGAACCUCAUCCAUUCAGAUUGGCUCUCCAAUACCAUCGAGAUUCUGGAUCCUGUCAGUUGGAAGUCGAUUGAAACCAUCGAUACACGAAAAGGUUCCCGUAUAACAUAUCUUGCACUUUCACAUAAUGGCAAGUUGCUUGCUUCGGCAUCAAAUCAGGGCCUUAUCGAGGUCUGGGAUCUAUGUACGAGAAAACGAGUGUCAACGCUUGAAGGCCAUUUUGAAUUCAUUCAUAUUUUGGCCUGGCUGAGAGAUGGACGACUUGCGUCCGCCUCUUCUGACAAAACCAUCAAAAUCUGGGACACAACAACUUGCCAAUGUCUCUCAACUUUCAAAGGGCAUAACAGGGGAGCAAGCUCUCUACUCUUGUCAGCUGACGAGACACAACUCACGUCAGCCAGUCAACAGGGCAAAAUAAUCAAAAUUUGGGACUUGGGCUCAUCCACGGACGCUGCAGAUCAUAACCAGCCUGUGAGAAGUGUCGUCUGGUCCAAUGACGCGAAACGCUUUGCUUCGUACUCAGACAUGGAAAUAAAAGUCUGGGAUCCAUCCAAUGCAGAGUGCCUCCUAACUAUCAAGAGCCACAGUGGCACCAUUGAUCUCAUUAGCUGGUCGCAAAAUGGAAACCUCGCGUCUCUUUCUUCGGAUGGAAUUCUCAGAGUCUGGGAUGUAUCGACUGGUCAGUGUUCUACGAGUAUAGAGUCUGUUGAGCCCAGCGCUUCCUUGACGUGGUCACAGGACGGAUCAAGGCUUACAUUGGCCUCACAUGACAGCCUCAUCAAGACAUGGGAUGCAAGAACAGGCCAGAACUUGUGUACUGUGAAAGUUAACAAGAUUGGACAUUUUGUAACGUGGUCGCAUGAUGCAACAAGGUUUGCCUCCGUGGCAGACGAUUGGAGCAUUAUGAUUCAAGAUCCACAUACUGGCAGAUGUGAUUUACAUCUCAAGGGACACGAAGAUCCGGAAUUCGACAAUGUUCCGUUAUUUGUAAGACAACCCAUCAUCAUGGCCUGGUCGCAAAGUGGAAUGCAACUCGCUUCCGCGCUAGGGUCGACCAUCAAGAUCUGGAAUCUAGCAAGUGGCCAAUGUAAGUUGGUGCUCGAAAUUGAACAAAAUAUCGCAGACUUUCAUUUUCAUUUCUCUCGUGGGGCCUCUUUUGGUGAACCAAACCCUGAGUAUCUGCAUACAAGAGUUGGCUCUUUCGAUACUGAGCCGUACGAGACUUCGGCAACAGAUGCUUCGGCAAGCCUUGUUUGUUCCCCGCGGCCAGUGGGAUUCGGUCUCAGUGGAUGUCGUUCCUGGAUUACCUACAAUGGGGUAAAUAUUUUGGCCUUACCAUUCGACUAUGGGCCAAAUGUCUCCAUUGCAAUGGCAGUAACAGGAAGCACCGUGAUACUCGGGUGCGUGACGGGGCGAAUCCUGAUAUUGAAAUUCUCAAAAGACUUGCCUCUUAUGUAA